AAGUUUGAUGUCAACUAGUCAUAAAAGAAUUUCUUAAAAGAAUCUAUAAAUUCUUAGAAAAACUACGUAGGAAUCAACAGUUGUCAACGAAAUAUUGAACAUUUUAAUGACAAUAAAUUUAUAAAUAAAUCAUUUCUUAUGGAUCAGUUUUUGAUAUGAUACUGAUGAUUAGAAUGAAGUUCAAUUUGGACUAAAUAAGAAAUAUUAGAAUAUAUAUCAAAGAUUAUUUUCAUUAUGAAUAUAUUACAUUACACAACAUUGACUAGUUUCAUAUAUGUUUAUUCCAUGCAUUUCAUUUUUCUUUUCCACAAAAUUCAACUAAAUGAAGCAAAAUGCCAGUUUUCUGAAUAUUCAGUUCUUAAACCAAAUCAACUUUGGUGGACACAUGAUGGUCAACGUUUACCACCUGUUUCAUUUAAUCUUAACGAUUACUUACGUAAAUUUGUUGUAAAACAGGGUUUUGAUUUAACCGCUGCCGCCGAAGGAUGGAAUCAAAUGCUUGUAUCAUCAAAUACUGAUUUAUUGUGGAUACAGCAACUGUGUUUACAUCCAUAUCAACGUUUGAAUGUGAAACAGAAUGGAUCUUCCUCAUCAUCAUCAUCUCUAUUAAUAGGAAGAAGAUUUAUUCAACUGUCACCACUAUUUAAUGGUUUGAUUGCAUUUGAUGAAGAUGACUGGUGUAGUCGUAAUACAGUAUUAUGGGAUUCAGAUGAAGAAUCUGAUAAAAGGAAUGACACUUUUGUUCAUCUUAUACAUUAUAGCAUUAAAUGUGAAAAGAUUAUUUAUCGUAAACAUUAUAAAUUUAUAGUACAGUUAGAUCUAACAAAUUCAGGUCCAGUUUAUCAAUGUUUGUAUUUUCAACUGCUUAAUAAAAAUGAUCCAAUAAAAAUUAUCAACAUUCUACAAAGUAAACAUGUCAGUCUACAUCCUGAUGAAUCACUAUGCGAUGACGGAGCUGAAUUUGAUUCGAUUCUCUGGAUACCUUCACUCUCUAAAAAUCUGAAUGAUUUAUUCAUUCCAUGUCCUUUUGUUGGUGGAUUCCAAAUUACAAGUUUAAGUAGAGUUACUUCUGAAAAACCUGUUUGUGAGUAUCAGACAUUCGCAACAUUGGAAAGUGAUUGUGUUAUAAAUGAAGGGAUUGAGUGGACGUUUGAUGACCCAAAGUGUAAUAUAUUUGAGGUCAACAGCAUCAGUCAUCAUAAUUGUUACGCUUCUUGGAAAAAGGAUGGUUUGACCUAUACACUCUUGCACCAAGAUCGAAAAGAUGAUGGGUUUAGUAUCUUUACAAUGGUGUUCUCAGAUAUUCCAGAACCUUUAAACCCAUCAGACUACACUUAUGGUCAAAGUAAGCCACUUUGGAUAUACCCAGGUUUAUCCUCAAAAUAUUAUCAAUAUAUCACUCUAUUACUGGAUUCAUAUCGUCCACAUAUUGAUACAAUAAUCACUAAAAAUUGGAAUGAUCCAAGGACCUACGAAAGUCCUGCUUACCAACUACAAAUACGUCGUGCAUUUGGAAUAUGUGAUGAUGAGCCAACCAGCUGUACAAAAGGAUGCGAUCAUGAUAUACGAAAUCGAUUAUUUUGUUAUAAAAGCUGCCCGGUGGACGACAGAAAGUGUAAAUCUUCACAGUGGGAUUCAUGUACAUUUAAACAAAACUAUCAAGGUCAUUGGAAUUUCAUCGAGUCAACAUCAAACAAAAACUAUCCUUCCUCUGAAUCACAUAAACCUAAAUGGGUUAGUCUAAUCUUUGGUGAGAACUAUCUUAUUUUCAUGGGUGAAACAAAUGAAUCUUAUUUGUGUAUACGAGAAGUACGUGAAGUUAUCCAAGACUGGUUUAUAAUUAGAUCAAGAAAACAAGCUAAUGGAUGUCAACCAAGGGAUAUGUGUCUAGAGUUAUUUCAAAGUGGCAUUCGCCGUUCACUUGAUUUGCAUAACACCAACGCAAUGGAAUUUCGAUUAUCUCAAAGUAAAAAAUAUGGAUCAAAUGUUAAAACAUUGUGCAGUUUUGAAUCUCAGUCAUUCAGUUUAAAUAACAAAGCAAAAGAAUCAUCUACGGCACUCAUAUUAGUCAGAAAUAUUGAACCAUUUCAAAUGUCAAAUCCAUACAAUGAUCCUCCUGUAAAAUGUGGAUUAUAUCAAAUGCGACUUGUUGGAACAAUGAAUAUAAAUGCUGAUUAUUUAAUAAACAAAUGGAAAUUAACUGGAAUUAUUCCAUCAGACAAAAUACAUCAUGAACAGUUUCAAAUACUUAACAGUAAUAAAUCUCAAUAUAUUCAAUCUGUAAAUAUGCAUCAUGAUCAGUUAUCUACAAAAAUGAAAUAUGAUUAUUUAGGAUAUAGAAUAAAUCGUUAUAAAAAGUCGCCAUCAUAUAAUUUAGUCAAAAAUACAGAGUUUAUGUAUACUAAUCCUUUGAUUCAUAGUAAAAUCACGAAGACGUUUAUUUCAUGCCAUAUCGAACUAAGUGACUUUAAUAGAACUCAUGGUUCGACAGGAGAAUUUGGAAAUAGAAUUUGGAUUCAUAAUGAUUGUCUAUAUCAGCAAAUUCAAAGUUCCUUUAAUACAAGUCAUGUAUGCCUAUCAGCGUAUAAUAUCAUACCAGUUGGAUUUAAUGACAAGAGACAAUUAAUCUUGAUAACUUAUCAUAUUAUAACGAAAACAUACUAUUGUUGGGUAAUUUCUAAUUAAAUAUAGCAUGAAUUUUAUUCUGAUAGAUAUUUAAAGAAAUUAAACAGAAUAAUAUUCAAAGGUAUUUAGUUUUUCUAUUCGAUACACCACAAUGUCAAUAUCAUCGACUUCCUUCAGGUGAUAUACAAAUCAAUGAAGAAGAAGCGAUAGCUCAUAUCAGUUUAACAUCAGCUACUUGUAUUAAUUGCGCAUUUAAAUCUGAUCAAAAUUCUAAAGAAUAUUCUCAUAGUAAAAAUUUAAAAAGACCUAAUGUUCUACGUAUUCAAACGAAUCAAUUAAAACAACAACGUCAAUCACAACGUGCUCUACGUCAAAGUAUACAAUUCAAUUUGAAAAAUAUUAAUUGGAGAAAUCAAAUAGAUUUAUGUACAUUUCAAAUAUUGAUUUGUUUAUCAUUUAUGAUUUAUUUUGUAAAUACAUUUAUUUAUUUAUAAUAUUAAACAAGAAAUAAAUAGUUAGUUGCUAUGUAUAAAUAGAAAAAAUUUUUAGUUACCUACUAUUAAUAUUUUUUAUUAUUCUUAAUUUUGGAUACAAAUAAUUUUAAAAAAAGACACAAACACACACAUACACACAUUUUUAUUGUCUUACAUAUUUUUUUUUCUUGAUUAAAGUGUUCAGUGAAAUAUGAUGAAUCAGUAAUACUUUGACAAAUAAACAUAAAUAAUUAUGCAACAGAAUGAUUGUUUAUUUAAGGAGAGUUUAAAUAAUUUCAUGAAGGAAUUUUCAAAUUAUAAACAUGAAAGAAUACUGAUUGAUUACUAUUAUACAAUGAUACAAUGUAGCUGAGUAAUCGCUAUUCGCGUGACUGAGGACUUCAUAGAUGAGAUUAAUAUAUUCCAGUGUAUUUUCACUCAAGAAGUAUGUUAUCGGCAAUUCUAUUUUAUGUAACAUUGUUUAUAUAUUAACUUCUGAACUUUGAAUGUAUAAAUAACAUGUUGACUGAAUAAGUUAUUAAUUGGAUUCUUUGUUUGUUUUGUUAACGUCAUUUAAUGUAAAAGAAAUAAUAAAGGUUUUAUUGAGG